AUGUCGCUACAGGUUGUUUCCAGAGAAGCGGUCGCGGGUUGCAUCUCGCUCGGAGCCGUGUUGUUGGCCGGGUAUUACUUGGGCAGAAGAAAGUCAACCAUGAGUUUGAUCUCCAAAAGCCACUGCGGAAGCCAGAAAGACCCUCUGAUGCAGUAUCUACUCACCCACUCGCUCAGAGAACACCCAGUGCUCAAGAAACUACGAGAGAGGACGAUGGAGGAUCGCUGGAACAUCAUGAUGGUGGCCUGUGAGCAGUCCCAGUUCAUGGUGAAUCUGGCAAAACUCAUCCGAGCCAAAAAGGUGGCAGAGAUCGGAGUUUACACCGGAUACAACACUCUCAACAUGGCGCUGUCUCUACCAGAGGACGGAGUCAUCGUGGCCUGUGACAUCAGCGAAGAGUACACCAGCAUCGGAAAGCCUUUCUGGAAAGAGGCUGGAGUUGAGAAAAAGAUUGACCUGCGUUUACAACCAGCUGUGACCACUUUAGACGGUCUUAUCGCCGCUGGAGAAUCGGACACGUUUGACUUCAUUUUCAUUGACGCAGACAAAACAAACUACGACAACUACUACGAACGCUCUCUGAAGCUGCUGCGAAAAGGAGGAGUCAUCGCUAUCGACAACGUGCUGUGGGGGGGCAGAGUCCUGGAUCCCAGAGACGAAGACUCCGUGGCCAUCGACAAACUCAACAAGAAAAUCGUGCGAGACGUCAGGGUCAGUCUGAGCAUGCUGCCGGUGGGAGACGGACUCACGCUCGCAAUCAAACUGUAA